AUGCGAGCCCUCACCGAGCCCGUCGUACCAGGGGACUUGCUCUUGGUCCAAACUCCUAGUUUGAGAUGUAUGCUCGUCGUGGAAGAAGCAGCAAUCACUUCCACAACCCCCGACACAUCCACGAUAACAGUACGCGAGACUCAAUGGCACAUCCCGUUGCAGCCAGGCUACUGGAUGGUCUCAGGCCCCGAGGUCCUGUACGGCGGGCCCCCACACGAACACGAACCUCAUAAGGAGGGAAAGUUGUGCCUCUCCGAGAGUCACACGGUGGACCCUCCAUAUGGCACUCUAGCCACCUUUCUCAAGGACCUGGUCGAAGAGGAAGGCGAAAAGGAAUUCGACAUCCUGGUGAAGCCACAUGGGCGUGAUGUCAUGGAGAUAUAUUUCGAGGGCGACUGUCCUUACUGUGAAGACGGAGACGGUUGGAUCGAUUGUCCUCCCGCAAUCGAAGUAUACCCGGAGCUUAUGAUCAGACAUAGCCGAGACCAUCUAUGUCAGUUCUGUCUCGGAUACGACAUCGCCCUCGAGGACAGAGUGCGCAUGGAGAUGCUGAUCGCCUUGUAUCACCGUACCUCCGUGUUGCAGAUGACGGACCACACGCGACGGAAACUACGGCAGACCCUCUUGGUGCUGUAUAGGGCCCGAGUUGCGAUUAUUACGGCGAGGAAGGAGGAAAUGGGAAUCCGGCACGAGGAUUUCGUUUGUGAUCUACUGCAUUGA